AUGGAAACUCCUGAUAUUCGAUCUAGGAGGAAAAGACGUUUAGGUGAUAGUACUUCUUCUCAAGAAGAUGGCAGGGUGGCUUGGUCUCAUGAUCAAAGAUUGAGAAAAGCGGUCUUGCUAGCUACUGAGGAUGACAUCCCGCCACUCCCUACUCCCACACAAAAACCACGUCCCAUUUCCUCUCUGUUAUCUUCAUCUUCCAAAUCAACCCCAUCACUAUCAUCCGCUAAACCUCGAAAGAGACCCUGUAGGGCACAUCGAUCCCUUCCCGCUCUUCGAGCCCCUCAUACUCCAUCCGUCGGAGGAAGUCUGCCAGGCAGUGUGGAAGUACCAACGCAAGAAAGUGUCAAAGAAGCGCAGGAACGAUUGGACGCUUUGUUAGGAGAAGCGAUGGCGAAGUUUGCUUUACAACCUUCUUCCAAUGCAUCACACAGGAUCGCCACUCGGACGACUCCACGACGCAGUGCGAAGAAAUCUUCAUCACUGGGGACGACUUUGUCAAUGGAUCUGGAUCGAGAGAAUCGACCAAAUAUUCGUCAUACGACAGGAUCGAGGAUACCCCUUUCAUCGAAUAAGACAACCCAAACUGUGACAAAUCCGCCUCCUCUUCCUGUCCCGAAUAAGGAAGUAAAGAUGUCCACCAAGUCCAUAUCAAUAUCUCGCACACCCCUUUCCCCCAUCAAGAACGGUGCACCUCGGGUCGGUCUCACUCGAACUCAUCUUGAUACAAAACAACAUAAUCUCAUGACGAAACCAUUCAAAUCACCUCUUCCCACUCAACAACCUCUCCGAUCUUCACCUCGUCGAACGGCAGCAGCCCAGGCCAUAUCUUCCAUACCGGCACGUGGCUCUCCCCUCCGUCCCUGCCUCUCCACCCGUGUGUCCGCAAACAAGUCCAUACAUCCCGUGCAAGAGCAGAGAACGUCGGGUAGACAGUUAUCGAGUAAAUUACAUAAUGCAAACGUGGACGUCGGGGAAGAUGAACCUGCUGGAGACAAGAGCUACGAUUCGAUCGAUGGGAUGUUUGAAGAGGGUGGUUUAGAGGUGGAAGAAUUGCUCAAAGCUGUUGAUGGAAGUGGAUGA